UGCUGCUUUUCUUUUCUCAGUCACUUCCUGCCUUGUGACCACACACUCAGGCUUGACAAAGCUGUUCUGCAGAUCAGAAAGAAGGGUGUUUCUGGUCGCACACCAGGACAACCAAGGACAGUUUGUACAAGAUCUGUUACACAAAGCAGUACAAAAUGGCCAGAGGAUCAGUGUCCGAUGAGGAAAUGAUGGAGCUCAGGGAAGCAUUUGCCAAAGUUGAUACGGAUGGCAACGGCUACAUCAGCUGUAAUGAGUUGAAUGACUUGUUCAAGGCUGCCUGCUUGCCUCUGCCUGGGUACAGAGUCAGAGAGAUUGUAGAAAAUCUGAUGGCUACAGGUGAUCUAGACAAAGAUGGGAAGAUCAGCUUUGAUGAGUUUAUCAAGGUCUUCCAUGGCCUGAAAAGCACAGAUGUUGCCAAGACGUUUAGAAAAGCAAUCAAUAAGAAGGAGGGCAUUUGUGCAAUUGGUGGAACCUCCGAGCAGUCUAGUGUUGGCACCCAACAUUCCUACUCAGAGGAAGAAAAGUAUGCCUUUGUCAACUGGAUAAACAAAGCCCUUGAAAAUGAUCCUGAUUGUCAGCAUGUCAUCCCAAUGAAUCCAAACACCGACGACCUCUUUAAUGCGGUUGGAGAUGGCAUUGUUCUUUGUAAGAUGAUCAACCUGUCAGUGCCAGACACAAUUGAUGAAAGAACAAUCAACAAGAAGAAACUCACCCCUUUCACCAUUCAGGAAAAUUUGAACUUGGCUCUGAACUCUGCAUCAGCCAUUGGGUGCCACGUGGUUAACAUAGGGGCGGAGGACCUGAAGGAGGGGAAGCCAUAUCUGGUCCUGGGACUUUUGUGGCAAGUCAUCAAGAUUGGGUUGUUUGCUGACAUUGAACUAAGCAGAAAUGAAGCUCUGAUUGCUCUUCUGAGAGAAGGAGAGAGCCUGGAGGACUUGAUGAAGCUCUCACCAGAAGACCUCCUGCUGAGGUGGGCUAAUUACCACUUGGAAACUGCAGGCUGCAACAAAAUCAGCAACUUCAGCACUGACAUCAAGGACUCAAAAGCUUAUUACCACCUGCUUGAGCAGGUGGCCCCAAAAGGAGACGAAGAAGGUAUCCCUGCUGUGGUUAUUGACAUGUCAGGACUAAGGGAGAAGGACGACAUCCAGAGGGCAGAAUGCAUGUUACAGCAGGCAGAGAGACUGGGCUGCCGACAGUUUGUCACAGCCACAGAUGUUGUCCGGGGAAACCCCAAGCUGAACCUGGCUUUCAUUGCCAACCUCUUUAACAAAUAUCCGGCCCUGCACAAACCGGAGAACCAGGACAUCGACUGGGGGGCUCUUGAAGGUGAGACAAGAGAAGAACGGACGUUUAGGAACUGGAUGAACUCACUGGGCAUUAACCCACGAGUAAAUCAUUUGUACAGUGACUUAUCAGAUGCCCUGGUCAUCUUCCAGCUCUACGAAAAGAUUAAAGUCCCUGUUGACUGGAACAGAGUAAACAAACCACCAUACCCUAAGCUUGGGGGCAAUAUGAAGAAGCUUGAGAAUUGUAAUUAUGCAGUGGAGCUGGGGAAGAAUCAAGCUAAGUUUUCCUUAGUCGGCAUUGCUGGACAAGAUCUCAAUGAAGGAAACCGCACUCUGACAUUGGCCUUGGUGUGGCAACUAAUGAGAAGGUACACACUGAAUAUCCUGGAAGAUAUCGGUGGUGGACAGAAGGUCAAUGAUGACACUAUUGUCAACUGGGUGAAUGAAACACUGAAGGAAGCAGAGAAAAGUUCAUCCAUCUCUAGCUUCAAGGACCCAAGAAUUAGUACAAGUCUUCCUGUUCUGGAUCUCAUUGAUGCCAUCCAGCCAGGUUCCAUUAACUAUGACCUUCUGAAAACAGAAAACCUGGAUGAUGAAGAGAAACUCAACAAUGCAAAGUAUGCCAUCUCUAUGGCCAGAAAAAUUGGAGCGAGAGUGUAUGCCCUUCCAGAAGACCUGGUUGAAGUGAACCCCAAAAUGGUCAUGACAGUGUUUGCUUGCCUCAUGGGGAAAGGGAUGAAGAGAGUGUAAUGCCCAGAAGGGCAGGCUAGCCUUCAACACACUGAACCCUGAGGUGGCACACGGGAUGCUCCCAGGCAGGAUGAGGACCAUUCAAGCCAUUCCAAAGUUUGCAAGUUGGUGACAUUAUACAGCCCUCCAAGGAGUGCACAUUCACCCAGCCUCUCCUGCAAUUAACAGAAAAUGCUUAUUUUUAUUUUUGCAGAAGACCUUACCUCCUAUAAGUAUUCAUUAUUCUUAAUUUUUUCUUCUUUGAAAAAUCUAAACAAAAUUUUAAAGUUAUUUUCCAGGCACUUUUUCUGCUUUUGCAGUUAGGAUAGAAACUGCUGUGUUAAUUUUUGACUUAAUCUUUCAUGCUGGUUGCAUCUGGCUACCUUUUUUCUUUAUCCAACAUAAGGACCAGGAGGAGGGGACCAUGAGCCUGUCCUGCCACCUGUUCAUUGAGGCCAAUAAUUAAUCUUCCACAAUCCUCCUUCUGCCAUUUCUCCCAGUGCCUUGUCCCCCAGUGACUUUGCCCCACUACCUCUCAGUGCCUGCUUUGUGGCCCACCUUUCCCUGGGGUCCUCCUUGGCCAUCUGGGGAACCCUGACAAGUCAGGCAGGCUGUUGAGGAAACAGGAGUCUGAUGGCUAUAGAAGUAAAUCUCAACACUAGGGCUUUUCUCAGAACCAAGGUCCCAAAUGCCAUCAGUUUUCACUUUUUUUGUCUAUUAAGAAGCCCCUUUAAAAAAAAAAAA